UUUAGGAGCGCGGAAGUUGUCCAAGGGGAUGUUAUCGCGUCACUCGCGGCCUCUGCAGGAUUAUUGCAAAUGGAAACCAUGAUGGAACCAACUCGGCGUCGUCAACAACUGCUUUGCUGUCACGCUCCUCUUGUAGUUCUACGGCUUUACAGAUGUUGUUUGUUUGCAACGGGCCCGGUUGCCGUCAUCCCUCCGCGGCCCCCCUGCCCCCACACGGAUGGCCCAGCGUCGCCGUGUGGCGCUCAGCACAGGCCGAGAGACUGCGCGAAGUCGGGCGCCGGGACGAGCCGCCUCCGAGCCGGGGAACGACUUGGACGGCCACGGACGCUGAAAAAAGUGGAGCAUCAAAACUCCGCUAUGGGGUGCAUGCACUUUCUUAUGUGCUUCUCACUGACUCAACUUUUACUGGAGUUUUCUUUUGCUGCAGGGACAUAUGAUCCAACGAAAGGUGCAGAAACACUGGAGCCUACGUUUGCCGCAGGGACACAUGAAAAACUCUCCGGCAAGUUAAGCGACUAUGGCCUGGUGGUUCCGUUCAGCACCGACUCCCAUGGCCGCUUCACAUCUCACUUGCUGUCAAUGGCCGAUGAAGGAAGUAGUGGUAGAAGGAGGCGGAUGAGGAAUAGGAGGGAAGCCCGCGGCGUCUCCGACACGUCCCCGUCGGAAUCAGGCUCGGGGUCCGAGUUCUUAUUCUUCAACGUGACCAUCUUUGGCGAAGAGCUGCACUUGAGGCUGAGGGCCAACCGGAGGCUGGUGGCACCCGGGGCCUCACUGGAGUGGCAGGAGGACUUUCGGGCCCAGUCCGAAGAGCGGGUGCACAGCGAUUGCGUGUUCACCGGAGACGUAAGCGACAGGCCGCACGCCACCGUGGCCAUCAGCAACUGCGACGGACUGGCAGGCCUGAUCCGCACCGACGAUGGCGAGUUCUUCAUCGAGCCCCUCGAGAAGGGACGACAGGAUGUGGAGGACAAGGGGCGCGUGCACGUGGUGUACCGUCGUUCGGACGUCAUGCGGGAAACGGGGAAGCAUGGAGUGGAGCUACGUAAUGAAGUGUCAGACUUUGGAAUCGCGGACCUCCCUGCAGCUGUGGACCUGCUCAAGCAGCAAGUACCAGAAUCGGAACGCAAGCGUCGUCACGCCAAGGAGGAGGACUACAACAUCGAGGUUCUGCUCGCCGUGGAUGACUCGGUGGUGCGAUUCCACGGCAAAGAGCACGUCCAGAACUACGUGCUGACCCUCAUGAACAUCGUUGAUGAAAUUUACCACGAUGAAUCUUUGGGAACCAACAUCAACAUCGUCCUGGUGCGCAUGAUCAUGGUCGGGUAUCGACAGUCCAUCAGCCUAAUCGAGCGUGGCAACCCAUCGCGCAGCCUGGAGCAGGUGUGCCGAUGGGCCAACACGCAGCAGCGCACUGAUCCCGACCAUGCCGAGUACCACGACCACGCCAUCUUCCUCACAAGGCAAGAUUUUGGUCCCGCAGGUUACGCUCCAGUGACCGGUAUGUGCCACCCGCUGAGAAGCUGCACUCUCAACCACGAGGAUGGCUUCUCCUCCGCCUUUGUGGUCGCCCAUGAGACCGGACAUGUGCUUGGAAUGGAGCACGACGGGCAAGGCAACCGCUGUGCCGAUGAGACCAGCAUGGGCAGCAUCAUGGCGCCGUUGGUGCAGGCCGCUUUCCACCGCUACCAUUGGUCGCGCUGCAGCAAACAGGAGCUCAAUCGCUACAUCCACUCGUACGACUGUCUGCUGGACGAUCCCUUUGAACACAAGUGGCCCAAACUUCCCGAGCUGCCUGGGAUCAAUUACUCCAUGGAUGAGCAGUGCCGCUUUGACUUCGGCGUGGGUUACAAGAUGUGCACGGCUUUUCGCACGUAUGACCCCUGCAAGCAGCUUUGGUGCAGCCAUCCUGACAACCAGUACUUCUGCAAAACCAAAAAAGGACCCCCGGUGGACGGAACUGAAUGCGGUUCCGGAAAGUGGUGUUUUAAAGGUCACUGCAUCUGGCAGUCCAGCCAGGAACCACAAGGCCACGACGGCAGUUGGAGCUCCUGGUCCAAGUUCAGCUCUUGUUCGCGAACGUGCGGGGGUGGCGUUCGCUCCCGCAGCCGCCAGUGCAACGACCCCCCGCCGGCCUACGGCGGUCGGGAGUGCCCCGGAUCAGGCUUCGACUACCAAAUGUGCAACACAGAAGAGUGCGCCGGCCCUUACGAGGACUUCCGCGCUCAGCAGUGCCUCCAGAGGAGCAACAAGUACCACAACAACAAGAAGCACACCUGGCUGCCUCAUGAGCACGCCGACGAGAGUCGUAAGUGCGAACUGAGCUGUAGAUCGAAGGAAACGGGCGAGGUUGUCUUCAUGAACCAGGUGAUGCACGACGGAACCCGUUGCAGCUACGCAGACCACUUCAGUGUGUGCGCGAGGGGCGAGUGUCUGCACGUUGGGUGCGACAAGGAGGUGGGCUCGUACAAGGAAGAGGACAAAUGCGGUGUAUGUGAAGGCGACAACUCACAUUGUCGUACAGUCAAGCUGACGCUCACCAAGACGCCUAAAAAGAACGGGAUGCUGAAAAUGUUCGACAUCCCAAUGGGAGCCCGCCACAUCAUCAUCGAGGAGAACGACACGUCCCCUCAUUUCAUUGCGGUGAAGAAUCAAGUAACCGGCAACUUCAUCCUCAACGCCAAAAUUGAAGACGCCGAGUCAAAAACCUUUAUUGAGAACGGUUUACAGUGGAACUACACCCUCGAGAACGGCAAGGAGAGCCUGCGAACAUCUGGUCCUCUACAUGAAGGCAUCUUAGUGCUGGUCAUUCCUCAGGAAGAAGACUCCAAGAUUAGCUUAACGUACAAAUAUAUCAUCCAUGAGGACCUUCUACCUCUAAUCACCAACAACAACGUUCUUUUGGCCGAGUUAGAUUCCUACGAGUGGGCGCUGAAGAGCUGGUCACAGUGCUCCAAACCUUGCGGUGGAGGAAUACAGUACACCAAAUACGGAUGCAGGAGGAAGAGCGACAGCCGUUUGGUGCAUCGCAACUUUUGCGAUACUAACAAGAAGCCCAAACCUAUUCGCAAACGCUGCAAUGUCCAAGAGUGCACUCAGCCCUCAUGGGUCGUGGACGAGUGGAGUGCUUGUAGCAAGACGUGCGGAAAGCAGGGCUACCAGACGAGGGCGGUGCAGUGCAUGCAGGCGCUUAACAACGGCACCAACCGGCCCGUCCACAGCAAACACUGUACCGGGGACCGGCCGGAGCCCAAGAGGGCUUGCAAUCACACAGCGUGCCCCGCUCAGUGGAGGACGGGUGCAUGGUCUCAGUGUUCUGUGACCUGUGGCGAAGGUAUCCAGCAAAGACAAGUGGUAUGCAAGGCCAGUGACAACACCGCAGGACAAUGUGAGGGUGACAAACCGGAGACAGUGCUAAUUUGCAAGCCUGCUGUUGCAUGUCCAGGACAACAGGCGCCCCCUUUUGGGAGGGAGAACGUCACCAUAAAAGAUGAAGCCGUACACCAAAGGGAGACUGGCCACCCUGUGCUUCCAAUCAUGUCGAAUGAGGCAUGCCAAGGGGAUAAAUCCAUUUUCUGUCAAAUGGAAGUUCUCGCCCGCUACUGCUCCAUCCCAGGAUACAAUAAGCUUUGUUGCGAGUCGUGCAACAAGAACCUGGCCACACUGUCCCCCGAACUAUCCAAUACGGCCUCGGCGAGAUCCGAGACCCCGACAGAUUCCCCCACCGAUUCCCACAUUGCCUCCCUCAGGUCUCCACGACCCACUGCCGCUCUGAAUCCAACGCAAACCACUAAAAGCGUCAACAGACGACCGCGUCCCACCAACCGAGCACCCACCACAAGGGUGCCCAUUACCAUCUCCCCAUCACCCUCGGGCGGCAUCGGCAACCCAAGGCUUCUUCUACCUCCAGGGGACGCCUCCCUCAAGGAGCACAAGCCCGACAGCACUUUAGGACCACUUGCCACAAAAUCAAAAAGGGACCAUUUAGGAUCCGAGAGGGACUCCAGCCAUAGAUGAACAACUACCUGGCAGUGGCGUGAAAUCAUCUCAGAAAAUGCGGUAUUUGGAAAGACUUACUGUCACGAUGCAUUAGUCUUUUAUUUUAUUUUAAUAUUUUUUUUACAAAUGUUUUCUCCGGACCAGUGAUGGUUACCUCAUCCAAACCUACAAAACGUGACCGAUUUGGUGCUGUCAAAACGAGACGCGUUGAAAAUGUGACGACUGCAUUGCUUCCUGUUUAUGUUUCUGUGUACAGUUGUUGUUUAAACCCCAAGUGCAGCAGAACUACUAGUGAACUUGUGUUGUGAACAUGUGGGAGCUCAACUGUGGAGUCUUGUGUACUCCACUAAUGUUAUUCUGGACAACUGGUCAUUAUUUUUCUUCCAUCCCUAAUGCAUGGAUGUCAAAGUUUCGGUUAAGUUCCGCAUUAGACUGACAGUAUGCCGACUUGACUUUCCACGUUAGAUUGACAGAUUGUCAAUCAGAGCAUGACCAGCCACAAUGGACUGCUUGUAGGCGACUAGUUGCUCCACAAUAGACUUUUCACUCCUUACUUUUGACUUUCCACACCAGACUGCUAACUACUGUAGAUCUUGAGUUUCCACACUACACUGCUAGAUUAACAAUUAGAUCAGGGGUCGGCAACCUUUAACACUCAAAGAGCCAUUUCGACCAUGUUUCCACAGAAAAAAACAACACUGGGAGCACUUGAAAUGAUUGCGUCAACUUGACUGUAGGUAUAUUAGAGAAAGAUCAGCCGAUAUUUGGAAUUUGACGUAAAUCGGUAUCGGCCUUUUUUUUUUUAAACGACGGGCCGAUACGAAGAAAUCAAUUUAAAACUGGGUUAUUUCGGCUCAGAUACAGUAGGCAUGUGCCGGUAUGAUAUUCUGGCGGUAUGAUAACCUGAAGCCAAAUUAUCACGGUAUUGCAAUUAGAGCUUGAAAAUGUGUUACCUUGAGAUAUCUGGGUUUAAAAAAGAAACUUUUUUCCGUUGAAUAGGAUUUUUAUUUUUCAAAACAUAUGAACAUAUUAGCAAAUUGGAACAUAAGUAUAAUGUUGUUAAAAUAAAUUUAACAAAAUAAACUAUUCUAAAUAAAAUGGAAAAUAAGUGCAGUCCUUUAGGUGACCCUAAACCCACAGCUAUAGUUCAAAAUUAUUACCAUCAGAGCAAAAAAUAUUGAGUCAUUUUCCAUAAAAAGCAAAUGUGUAUGACUUAUAUCUUGUUUACACGAUACACACACUCUCUUUCUCAACACAGGCAGUUGCCAGAGAGAAAAAAAAAACACGUUUAACCACCGCUAGACACACUAAACAUGCUGGAGUUAAUUCUCGUAGCUGGUGGGAAACGUUCAUGACAGUGUUUGCUAAUCUUUAAUUUUGUUUGAAUGCGAAAUCAUACUGGAGGUGUUGCCUCCUCGGCAGCCACCCUCCGCAAACAUGUUUUACGUGUCGGUUGACCCUCCUCCUCUAAGCCGCGGCCGUCCGUAACUUUUCUGUGGCCCAAGUAUUCCCAUACCAGCGAUUUUGUUUUAUUUGAUGGGGGGAAAAUUUCAGGAGUUUUUUCUCCUCCAGCCAUCGUGUAGCACAGCUGACUCACGGACACUGAGCAACAACUGGUAGGGGAAGGUUUAGCCUUGCAGCUGCAAGCGAGGGAUUUCUCCAUGCAUUUGUGGGACAUAAAGAUAGCUAAUAACCUUAGGGACGAUAUGACGGAAUUUUUUUUUGCGGUUUUGAAACCUUGACGUUUUCAUACCACGGUAUAACUUGAAAGCGGUAAUGGUCACAUGUCUAAGAUGCAGCCGCGCCUCUUUCCUAUCUGCUGUAUCCUGCAUUAGUAUUCAACCUGUCUAUUGAUUGGCUAAAUGGCAAUGGUAAAUGAUGGUACACUUGUAUCGCGCCUUUCAAUGUUUUUAAGGCCCUCAAAGCGCUUCACACUAACGUCCUCAUUCACCUACAGGUGAUGCAGCACCAGAAACAAUGUGGGGUUUAGAAUUUUGCUCAAGGAUACUUAGACAAGGUCAUAAGGGCAUUCUUUUCUGUGGAAAUUUUGUAGAGACCUAUUUAUUUAACUUUUAUUCAAAUUUAUAAGCGAUGUUUCUAAGUCAAGGAAAUUAAGGCACUUCUUGAGGUAUUGCUUUCUAUUUGUGUGAUUCAAUCACCAUGCUUUAGGCAUUUCAAUGAAAUUCAGUGUUUGCAUUAUUCAGUUUUUUAAAACCAAUUUUUACUCUUUUACUGCAAAUGAAUAUUGGCUCCAAAAAUCUGUUAUCGGCCCCUCAAGCUACUAAUAAUCGGUAUUGGUCCUGAAAAACCCAUUUUGGUCGAUCUCUAAUACUAUAUAUACAGUAUACUGUAUAUACACAUAUAUAUACUAGAGGUGGGAAUCUUGCGGCUUCUAACAAUUCGAUUACGUUUCAGAGGCUAUGAUUCGAUUAAUAAAUCGAUUAUUGAUGCACACCCCCACUCAUCAGCUGCUUUAAUGUUUCAUACAUUAGUUACAAAAAUGAUACAAAAAUCCUCUCAGGCUUAAAUAAACAACUAUUUCAGUAUCAAGUUAACAGUUCAAAACAGUAAUAAAAUACUCAAGUCCCCAUUCUGUAUCAGCAGCUUUAAACUACAUUCAGUUGAUUUAAUGUUGUGAAUCAACCGUUAAAGUUGUUAAAAUUGCUCCCGUUAUUCCAUAAUUUCCCUUCUGUCUACUGUCAACAUGUGAAAGCUUUAAAACUGUUUCAUCAUUUAAAGAUAGAUUCAAGUCAAGAUUUUGCCGAUUUCUGAAGUAAUUUAGAUAAAAAGUUAAUUAGGUACGCUCGGAAGGUUCGCUGCAACAGCCUUCCAGAGAAGUCUACUGCUUUAAGAUGGCGGUUGUUUACUAACGCCAGCGAGUCUUUCAUUUCGCACCUAGUUUUCUAUAGGUGCGCUAACUCCCCCGAGUCUGUCAUUUCGCAUCUAGUUAUUUUGUAGCGGCUGUCGGCCGCAUUCAGUUAUAAUUGUUUUUCUAUCUAGCAGCUUGAGUUGAGCCAGAGCCGUGAGUUGAGCAUGAUGUUUACUCUCGGUCCGUUCCUCAUUGCGUCCCGAAGAGCGCGCUGACUGUGUUUUAGUUCCGCUUUACUUGGCAUAGUUUAAUGAUCAGAAUUUGGAUGUUUGUGAAUCAGUCUCGAAUCUUCCACUGCCGAAUCGCGAAUAAUCUAACAAUCAGAAAGUUCGCACACCUCUAAUAUAUACACACUAGGCCUGCACAAUAUACAGUGUGAGCAUCGCCAUCGCAAUGUGUGCAUGCACAAAAGUCCUUUCGCAGGACGUGUGAUUUUUUGUGUGUGUGUGUGUGUAAACUUUUGUUCCACUUCAUAAAAGCAGCAAUUGUGCAAAGACAUGGUUUCCAUGAUCCCUUUUAUAUAGACCAAUCUUCAUCAUUAACAGAUAAACCCCCUUAGCCUGGAUUAAAAAGUAUUAUAUAUACUAAGGAUGUCCCGAUACCAUAGUUUUUGCACCCGAGUCAGAGUCCGAGUCACCUGAUUCUGAGAAUCUGCCAAUACGGAGUCCCAAUUUGAUACCGAAAAAAGGUAUAUUUUUGCUUUGACGUUCACGCUGCCGAGGACAACCUUUCACUUACACAAUGAAUGAGUUCCCACAGCACAUUUCAGACUGUGUACCAAGCUUAACGAUGAUUAACACAUUUGUGCCUUUGAUCGUAGCGCUACCGAGGCGUCUCUGGCCAGAUCAAAGCUACAAAUGAGUCAAUCAUUGUCAACUUUAAGUACCAAAUGCCAUCUGCACUGGUGACCAAGACAAACAGUGUGGUCGUGCUGCUUAGUAGGGGGGAAAGUGAGGGGCUGGACGAGCAUGAAGCAGAAAAACAAAUAUAUUUCUUAAAAUUAAAAACCUGAUAGUUUUCACCCGAUUCCGAUCCUCUGAAAAAUGACGCGAUCGGCCCGGUUUUCUAUCGUGAUCGGAUCGUGAAAUCUCUAAUGAAUCGAAUGCUAUCAGAGGGAUUCAGCAAAGUCUUUCCAAAAAGCUAUUCAAGUCAUCUGGUGAAAAUUCUUCUCAUGUUAAUAUCGCAAUGUAGGCUAUAUUGCAUACCCCCAAAAAGUCGCAAUGUCAUUUUUUUUCCCAAUACCGUUCAGCCCUAAUACAGUGGGGCAAAUAAGUAUUUAGUCAACCACUAAUUGUGCAAGUUCUCCCACUUGAAAAUAUUAGAGAGGCCUGUAAUUGUCAACAUGGGUA